AGUAAUGUAAUAAUUAUUAGUUAGUUUUAUCACGAAGUGAAGUGUAGUUGUAGCCUUGGAAGUUAGCUUUGGUUCACCUCCAACGCCAUCCAGUGACAUUUUGAUAAGUAGAUAGACUUACGGAGGAAGAUCUCUUUGAACCUGCUUUUUAUUCUUCAAACGAGAGCUUGACCAGAGCUGCUGGAAAAGUAGGACUCCAUCUUGCUGAAGCUGCAAUGACUUGUAUCGUGAAGAAACAAAGCUAGGACUGAUACUGUGAUAGCAGACUGCUAGUAACGAAUUUAGAUGCACGUGUACAAGUAGUACAGUGCAAAUUAUAUCGCGUAUCGAGAGGCCUGCAGAGUACUGACGUCCACAUGUUCAUGAUCCUGGACAUCUCUCAUCAGCCUCCCAGAGGCUGAUUUCUGCACUAUUGGCAAAUGAGACUUGCUGGUUGUAGUUUCCUAUUCACACCUGCUGGCUUGGAAGAUCAUGAGGAGAAGCCUUGCCCCGACGCAGAUCGCUAAGUUGCGAGUCCAAGCGGAAAAGAGAAAGAGUGCUGUGCAUUCCGAUUCUGAUGAUGAUGAAGAUGAGAAUACGGGAUGUGGUGCAGCCAAGCGGCCUGCAAGCACAGCACUGGUCCGUGCUCCGUUAACUCCAUUAGGACAGGGUGGAUGUGGCGGCGGCCUUUCUGUUCAUGAGGCACUGAUGCGAAAGCUCUUGUCCAAGCCUUUCAAAGUUCCCAUACCAAACUAUGAUGGCGCUAGCCGUGGCACGUCUGGUCUUGGAGUGCGGAGAUCUGGUGCUCGCCUGCCCCUGCACAGUCCUGAUGAUGCCAAUGCACUGAUCCUGUAUGAACCACCACCACUGACUGAACACCAGAGACUCAUCUCUGAUAAGAAUACCCUCCCUGUUCAUGUUGUCGUUGAUCCCACGCUGAGUGCAGUUCUGCGUCCGCAUCAGAGAGAGGGUGUCAAGUUCCUUUGGGACUGUGUCACCGGUGUCCGCAUUCCGGGUAGCUUUGGAUGUGUCAUGGCCGAUGAAAUGGGUCUUGGCAAGACACUGCAGUGCAUUGCAUUAAUGUGGACAUUACUGCGACAAGGUCCAGAGGCUCGUCCUACUGUGGACAAAGUGAUAGUCGUCACUCCAUCCAGCCUGGUCAAGAACUGGUACAAGGAAGUGGGUAAAUGGCUUGGCACAAAGCUACAACCCACUGCCAUUGACUCUGGCUCUAAAGAUCAAAUCGACAGAGAUAUUUUGUCAUUUCUCAAGCAAAGUGGACGUCGCAUUCCAUCGCCUAUCCUGAUCAUCUCUUACGAGACGUUUCGCCUUCAUGCCCACGCUUUGCACUCUGGAUCUGUGGGCCUUGUCAUCUGUGAUGAGGGUCAUCGUUUGAAGAACUCUGACAAUCAAACUUAUCUAGCAUUGGAUAAGAUGGACGCGAAGAGACGCAUCCUAUUAUCUGGAACUCCGAUUCAGAAUGAUCUGCUUGAAUACUUCAGCUUGAUACACUUUGUCAAUGCUGAUUUGCUUGGUACCAGCCAGCAGUUUAAAAAGCAGUUUGAAAACCCCAUCUUGAAAGGCCGAGAUGCUGACGCCACAGCGGAAGAUGCCAAGCGUGGAGCUGAGAAGCUGCAGGAGUUGGCAGCUCUUGUUAACCGUUGUAUCAUCCGCCGAACAGCCAGUAUCCUAUCACAGUAUCUUCCAGUCAAAGUUGAGCAGGUGGUGUGCUGCAAGCUUACUCCAUUGCAAGUCGCUCUCUACGAGCUGCUGGUGGCAGGCAAGGCUGCUGAUACAUGCAUGCAGCAGACAAAGUCGAAAUCUAGUUCUGGAUUGACGGGAAAGUCCCUUGCCUUCAUCACGCAGAUCAAGAAGCUAUGUAACCAUCCUGCUCUUGUCUACGAGAAGGCUGCUUCCGGUGAAGAGGGUUACGACGAAGCUCUGGCUCUUUUUCCCCCGGGCUUCAACAUUAAAACAUUCAAUCCAGAACUUUCAGGUAAGAUGCGUAUUCUGGAUCAUCUUCUGGCUGUGGUGCGCACAUCGUCAAAUGACAAGGUUGUUCUUGUGUCUAACUACACACAAACAUUGGAUCUCUUCGAACAACUGUCCAGACUAAGGAAGUAUAAGUUUGUUCGCCUUGACGGUACUAUGACAAUCAAGAAGCGGUCGAAGAUAGUUGACAGAUUCAAUGAUCCUCAGAGUGAUGAUUUCAUCUUCAUGCUGAGCAGCAAAGCCGGUGGCUGUGGUCUCAACCUCAUCGGUGCUAAUCGUCUGAUCAUGUUUGACCCUGAUUGGAAUCCAGCUAAUGAUGAUCAGGCUAUGGCGCGUGUCUGGAGAGAUGGACAGAAGAAACAGUGUUUCAUCUACCGACUCCUUGCUACUGGUACAAUCGAGGAGAAAAUCAUGCAAAGACAGACGCACAAGAAAGCACUUAGCAGUUGUGUUGUUGAUGAAGAGGAGGAUGUUGAACGUCAUUUCAGCUUUGGUGAUUUGAAGGAUAUUUUCAGCUUGAGAAAGGACACCAUUAGUGACACACAUGACAAGUUCAACUGUCGUCGUUGUGUUAACGGCAUUCAAUCACGUCCACCGCCAGAAGAGAGUGACUGUAGUAGUGAUCUCAGUCAAUGGCAUCAUUCUACGUCAAGUAAACCAUUACUGGAUAGCAUGCUACGCGAAGUCUAUAAGUCUGGCUUGAUUAGUUUCACCUUCUUUCAUCGCUCUCAUGAGGCACAGCGCGGGGUCGUGUGAUUGUGCCUUCCUUUUUUCUAUACUUCUGCCAUUUCUAAUUAUGUUAUCUCUCAGUCUGUAUAGGAGCGUGUGUGUGUGUGUGUGUGUGUGUGUGUGUGUGUGUGUGUGUGUGCGUGCGUGCGUGUGUGUUAGGAAGACUGCUGCACCUCGGGUGUACAAAGGUGUGUUAGGAUUGCAUCAAACUUGGUUAGGCACAUGCUGGAUUGUAAAAUACGAAUGAAAACCUCGACCUAUGAACAAAUGAAGAACUGUAGAGUUUCAUGCAAAAUGGCUGCAAUAAUUAUUCUUUAUUCGCUUCUUUUGUUUCUUUGGAUUGAGUAGCCCCCUGCUUGUACAUACAUACAUACAUACAUACGUGUAGCAGCAACAACUGCACAGCACAACUGGCUGCACAUGUCUAUGCUUACUCCCAUGAUAGUGUACUGUAUAUAGUAUAUAGUAGUAGUUCUUAGUUGCUGACUGGUGCGGCAUGUCCAGAGUCUUCACUCCAGAGCUUGCCUCUCAGGCUUCCCCAUCACACUCAGCAAUUGUCAUACUUGAUUUAUUUUUCGAAGUAGUUUAUGUCAUGUCUCGUUUCUCUCCAUCUUUGAACAUUUCUGAACUUUGCUGCUCUCUCAUUGUUUUUGUUUUUUAUUUUAUUUCUCUUUAUUGCACACAUGAACAUGUACGUGUGUACUCAGUCUGUGUCAUAGAGCAAAGCGUAACCAUGGUAACCAUGAA